AUGUCACAAAUAUUACCAUUUACAGAAGCAAAUACCAAAAGGGUAUCUUCAUUAUUCAGACAAGCUUUACGUACAGCUUUCGACCAUUCAUUAAAAUUUGACUUGUAUCGAGCUCAAACGAUAAAUAUUCGAUCUCAAUUUGAAGCUCAUAAACAUGUUAGUAACCCUGAGGAGUUAGAGGGCUUGAUUAAAGCUACUGAAGCUAAAUUGAAAGAGUGGAAACAUCCCGAUCCUUAUAUCCCACCUUGUAGGCCUGGUGGAACCAAGUAUCAAAGAAAUAUUCCAGUUGCUAGAGAACCACUUGUGCCUGGUGAUUGGUAG